AUGGCAGUUACCUUGCUUCCAAAGUUCGUCAUGCUGAAACAUAAGUCGUUUGAGCACAGCUUUUUCUCGUACAAGGAUGGCACGGUGCUUGCUGAGACGGAGAUGGGUGUGCACAACCCGCUGGCGAAGAUCGAAGUAGAGAAGGCGAAGAUCAAUGGUGAUUACGUCCACCUGCGAUUCACUCACACCAACAAGUACUGGUCCCGGAAGGACGGGUUCAUCGUGGCGGAGUCGACGAAGCCAGAGGAGGACGUUAAAAAAUCGACGUGUACGAUGUUCAAGGCGACCGGCACCGCGGACGCUGGCGUCUUCCAAUUGGUCCACGUCCAGAGCGGAUUCUUCGUCCAGUCGAAAACCACCUCCUCGCAAGUGGAGGUGGUUAAAGACGCCUCCGAAUCCAGUAAGCUGAGCUUCGUGGAUUCGGAGACGAUAGUGCUACUGCCCAACCGCUUAGCGUUGAAAUCCAACAACGGGAAGUUCCUAAAGUCAGUCGACGACAGCAACCACUCGCUCGAGUUCACAUCAGACGAUCACAACGCCAGGUCCUCCGCGCAGGAGAUCCAGGCGCUGCCGAGCGGGCAGAUCCGGAUAAAAUCGGUGUUCUACGACAAGUUCUGGAGGCGAGUAAGCGACGGCGAUGGUUUGAUUUAUGUGGUGUCGGGGGAGAAGGAAACGAGCGACAAGGACAGCCUCUUCUGGCCGGUGAAACUGAGCGAGAAGACCAUCGCGCUCCGCAGCGUGGGCAACGACAAUGGUGGAGGGGCGAGGUUUGAGGUGCGGGAGCUGGUGCGGGAGAGGAAAAUCUACGACGUGAAGUACCGACUGGAGGAGGCGAGGAUAUACGACGUGGAGCCGCUGGUGGCGGGGUCGGUCACGCUGAGGAACGAGGGGGACAAGGAGGCGAGCUUGAGCGAGAAAGUGGUGUACGAGGAGGUGAGCUCGUAUGGGAUCUCGCGCCGCGAGAGUGUGACGGCAGAGCUGAAGGUCACCUUUGAAGCUUCCCUGAGCAAAGUAGUGGAUUUCAAGUUUGAAGUGGGUAGAAGGGUGAGUGAGGAGUUGGAGUGGGAGAAGAUCAAUUAUGAGAAAGUAACAAAGGAGCCAAUGGCUACAACUGAUGUGCCAGCUCGUACUUCUGUCAAAAUCAGCUACAUAGGCUCAAAGGGGAAAUACACCAUUCCUUUCUCUUACUCGCAGAGUGACGUUGAUUCCGCCACCGCCCUACCCACUAUAACCAAACACACUGAUGGGAUUUACCACGGCCAAGGUAGUUUGGAGUUGAAGUUUGUUGCGGGGAAGCCUGUGCCUCUCUAG